AUGAGACCAGAAGUAAGUAAGAAAGUUAAAGUUUUUUCACUUUUUGAUGAAGAUCAUGAGCCUAACGAUUCCAAUACAUCUGUAUUAUUAAGUCCUUUAAAGAAAGAUCAUACGAAUUUGUAUAAAAUUGGUUGUAUGCUUAAUAAUAGUAUUAAAAUUAAAGAUGCGCUGUAUUCAUUAAUUAGUGAUAGCAUUAGUGAAACUGAGUACUGUGAUUUAUUAAAUGAAUGGCUAGAUCAAAAAAAAAAUGAAUAUAUAAAUGAAGGAACUAACUGUGAAAGUAAUACCAAAUUAUGGGAAGAGAAAAUUGAAAAUUUGUGGAUACCAUUAAUGAAGAAUGCAUAUGAUAGUGUUUCGUGUCAUAGAAAGAAAUCAACCUAUAACUGUUUUAUUUUACCUGAAAUGAAGACUUCCUUAUCUGUGGGUUUUACACUUCUGGGAACUUUUAUUAUUACGUUUUUUAUUUUGUAUAAGUUUAGUCCGUUUGGACACUGGAUUCACAAUUGUCUACGUAAAAAAAGAAAAACAAUACAGAACAUAGUUCCAGAAGAUUCAUAUAAAUUAAUUAAUGAAUCCUCUUAUAUGGGGAAAUCACAUACUGAAAGUGGAAAAAUUAGGAUAAGUUAUGGUUCUGUAUGA